AUGGAUUUUUCUGAUUUCGAAAUCAUUGACCCAAUUGCCGAGUUCGGUCCUGAGAGCAGCGACGAGGAGGAUGCGCAGCCGCCGUAUCCUCAUCUACAGGGCGGACAUCCCCCGUGGCAGGGCCACGAGGGUAAGCUAGUUGGUGUUGUUGACAUGGGGAGCAACGGCAUUCGUCUUUCCAUCUCCGAUCUCUCAAACCCAUUGGCUCGCAUGCUCCCGACCGUUUACCAGUACCGCGCCUCAAUCUCGCUCUACGACUCUCAAUUUGACCCCGAGACGGGAGACAAGGUCCCAAUUCCCGACGAUGUCGUCGAGUCUGUCGUCUCUGUCUUGAGUAGAUUCGUUGUUAUUUGCGAAGACUUUCGUUGCAAGAAGGAAAACAUCCAUGUCAUCGCGACAGAGGCAACGCGCGCCGCAGUCAAUUCCAAGGAAUUCUUGGCCGUCGUCAAAGAAAAGACCGGCCUGACGGUCGAGCUUCUCCCCAAAGAGGAAGAAGGCCAGAUUGGUGCCCUUGGUAUCGCCAGUGGUUUCUCCGCCAUGGAAGGCCUGGUCAUGGACUUGGGAGGCGGCAGUACCCAGAUUACCUGGAUGCUCAGCUCUAACGGCCAGGUUCGUAUCAGCCCAAAGGGAAGCUUCAGUUUUCCAUACGGCGCUGCUGCCUUGACCAAGAAGCUCCACGAUCUGCGUCAGGGCAAGAAGAAGGAUGAGGCCGACGCAGCUGUCAAGGCUUUUGAGCAGGAGAUGAUUGGCAACUUCAAAGAUGCGUACAACAACCUGCAGAUUCCCGAGGAGAUGGUCGAGAAGGCCAAGAAGGAGGGCGGAUACCGCAUCUACCUCUCUGGAGGUGGCUUCAGAGGCUGGGGAUAUCUGCUUCUGUACCUUAACCAGACGGACGGCAGCUAUUAUCCUAUCUCCAUCAUCAAUGGCUACACGGCGAAGCGCAAGCAGUUCGAGGACACAGAGGCACUUAAGCAUGUCGCGCAUGCUGCCAAGGACAUCUUCCGCGUCUCCGACCGCAGAAGAUCCCAAGUUCCUGCCGUUGCGUUCCUUGUCAACGUUCUCUCCGAGUCCAUUCCUGGGGGUAUUAGAGAGGCACACUUCUGCCAAGGUGGUGUGAGAGAGGGCUUCCUGUUCCGCCAGCUAUCACCAUCUAUUCGCGCUCAAUCUCCCUUGGAGGUGGCCACUGGCUACUUCGCACCGGGCUCGCGACAUCUUAUCCAACAAUUGCUCAAGAGCUCGAUCCCGAAAGCUUCAAAGAAGAAGGAGUUUCCUGAAGAGUUUGGUGAGCCUGUGGUGGAUUCUUUCGCAAACUCCAUGUACCUGCACAUGUUCAUGUCCAAGGAGACUGCCUCGACAACCGCGCUGUACUCAACCAGUGUCGGAAACAUGUCGGCUAUUCAUGGUGUCUCGCACCAGGACAGAGGAAGACUGGCUCUGAUGCUCGAGUCUCGAUACGGCGGUGAACUUCCACCCCGCGAGCUAGAGUUCCGCGAGUCCCUCCGCGGGAUGCUCACCCCCGAAGAAGUCUGGUGGGCUUCGUACCUCGGCCGAGUUGGACAGCUGAUCACGGCGCUCUACCCAUCCGGCAGUAUUCAUAAGUCGAAGCCGCGCGUGGUCUUCACCGCCCAGUGGUCAUACGCUCUAGGCAAGAAGAAGAACAAGGAGGGUCUGCUUCUCACCAUCUCGGUGCAGAAGACCAAGAACGAUCCAGCCAGGACCAAAGAGACGGUCGAAGAGGCUGCCAGUGAUGUGGAGAAGAUUGGAAAGAAGAAGAAUUGGAUCGGAGAUGAUGAGCCGUGGGGAAUGAAGGUCAAGGUUAGGGUUGUUGAGGAGGGAAUUCUUUCUGAGUAA